CUUCAUAUUCUCCUUGUCAAAUCCAGGUUUUAUGUGUUUGCAAAUGGAUUGACCAUUUUAAAAUUAUUUUAAAGAACUUGCAGGUGUAUUUUCCAGCAACCAUAUGAACCUUUAUGUAAUUUUGUCUAAAGAAAAUUAGGACCACCUUUGACCAACCCAAUGUUAGCACACCAUUCAUCCCCCUUGUCCUACGCAUAACAAAAGGAAAAUUAAGAACGCCAAAAGGAACAUAAAACCUUCCAUCGCGCCUAAAAAAAUAUGCUUCUUUCCCUUCAUUUAAUUUGGCUACCUGUUGUAAUAUCGACAGCCACAGCAGCUGAAUCUAAUGCACACUAUUGUGGCCACAACACAACCCGCUUCAUAAACACAACUUAUUAUAUAAAUCUCAUCCAAGUUCUUGAUUCACUUGCUUCAGAUAACACAGUCAAUGAUAGCAAAUUCGCAUAUCAUACUGCUGGAAGCAGCCAUCCAGACAUCGCAUAUGGUGUCUACCUUUGUCGGGAGGAUGUUCUCCCAAAUGACUGUCGUAACUGCUUGCUUGAAGCCCGUGAAGACAUGAUUAAGACAUGCCCAUCAUCAAAACAGGCAGUUUAUUGGAAAGACGACUGCAUGUUACACUAUGCCAAUUAUUCAAUAUUCUCGAUGAUGGAUUUAGCUACUUUUGUGCCUGAGUGCAACAAGAAUAAUAUUUCUGAACAGUUAUCUGAGCAAACUCGGUUUUGGGAAGCUGUUAGGGUUUUCAUGAGCAGUUUGGCAACCGAGGCUUCAACUGAUCGAAAAAAGAAGUUUGCAUUUAGCGAGUUAAACUACGGUAUCAAGGAAAAGGUUUAUGGUUAUGUAGAGUGUACGCCAGAUUUAUCGAGUUUUGACUGUGGUCGAUGCUUUCAAGUUAGCGUUGAUCGUUUGCGAGAGUAUUGUUAUGGAAAACAAGGGGCAAGAGUUUUGACAACGAGUUGCAAUAUUAGAUUCGAGAUCUAUAAGUUCCUACGAUUCUCAGCAACCUCAUCGGAGUCAACGUUAACAGGGAAAAACAAAUUGUCAAUAAAUAUAGUUGCAGGCAUUGUUUCUCCGAUUGGUGUUCUAUGUGUGAUAGUGUGCAUAUGCCUUGUGUUCAUGAGGAAGAAAAGACGUGUUCUCACAAUAACUGAUGAUAGUGAAAUUAUUACCGAGGAAUCUUUACAAUUCGAAUUGCGUACAAUCGAAGCAGCUACAAACAACUUCUCCAAACAUAAUAAAAUAGGUGAAGGUGGAUUUGGUGGAGUAUAUAAGGGAGUUCUGCCUAAUGGUAAUGAAAUUGCUGUGAAGAGACUAUCAAAAGGUUCGGGACAAGGGGCAUUGGAGUUCAAGAAUGAGGUUGUGUUGCUGGCUAAGCUUCAACAUAGAAAUCUUGUGAGACUUUUGGGAUUUUGCCUUGAAGCCGAAGAGAAGAUCCUCAUAUAUGAAUAUGUUGCUAACCACAGUCUUGACUACUUUCUAUUUGAUUCCACAAAACAAGCACAAUUGGAUUGGUCAAUACGUUAUAGAAUAAUUGGAGGAAUUUCUAAAGGGAUGUUGUACCUACAUGAAGAUUCAAGAUUAAGAAUUAUCCAUCGGGAUCUCAAAGCUAGCAAUAUAUUGCUAGACGAAGAAAUGAAUCCCAAAAUUUCAGAUUUUGGCAUUGCAAGAAUUUUCUGCGGAGAUCAAACACAAGAUAAGACAAAUAGAAUUGUUGGAACUUUUGGAUACAUGUCACCCGAGUAUGCAAUGCAUGGUAACUUCUCUAUAAGAUCAGAUGUGUUCAGUUUUGGUGUACUCGUUCUUGAGAUUAUUAGUGGACAGAGAAACGCAGCACGUUUUGAAACUGGUUAUAUGGACCUUCUAUGUUAUGCAUGGGAUAAAUGGAAGAAUGGAGAACCACUAAAGAUACUCGAUCCAAAUGUUGUUGAGUUUUGCUCCAAAAACCAAGUUUUACGCUGCAUCAAUAUUGCCUUAUUGUGUGUUCAAGAAGAUGCUGAAUUAAGGCCUUCAAUGGCUUCUUUAGUCAUCAUGCUCAACAGCUACUCGGUUGUUUUACCGAUGCCUGAAAGUCCUCCAUUUGUGUCUCAAGGUAGAGGUAGACGCACGACUUCAAAAAUGCUAGAACCAGAGAACAGUAUAAGUAAGUCGACUGUUUGGGGAAAUGACACGUCACUUAUUACUGAAGUCUAAGAAGUUUGGUACAUCAUCGAGCCAAAUAUGAGGAAAGUUAAGAUGGCAAUGGCUUCUUUUUGAUGAUAGCAGAGAACCGAUCAGCAAAAGGUGCUGGCCACACAAGCAGAAGAAUGUACUUGGGUGCAACUCGAAAUCACAAAUUCAAUGUCUUGUAGUAUAAAAUAAAUAUACAAAUCAUUGAAAUGGUAAAUAAAAUCAGUACAUUAGAAUUAGGGUAAUAUAUUCGUAUAAAAGUAACAACCCUAGACCUUGAUGAAAAAGUAACAACCUUCGAUAACCUCAUUUAGGGAAAAAUUUGAGGUUUGAAAAAGUCUCCAUCUUCAUGUUUGCCUAUAGUUUGUAUUUCCCACUUUUCAUCAAUGACAACUAAGCAUCCUGAUUACGAUUCUACAAUUCAUUAUAAUUAAAUUGCAGUAUAG